UUUUACAAUUUAUAAUUUUAGGAAUUUCAUCCUAUUAAAUAUUUCUAAUUACCUUAAACAAUUUGUUAAAUAUUUUUUGAUAUUGAUAUUAAAGUGAAGUGAAUGAUACGUAUUUAUUUGGAAAUAAAUUUAAUGAAUUCAAUUUCGAAUAAAAUGACCGCGCCACCUGCUCGGGGAUGUCGGUAAAGCAGAUUGUUAAUUCGUGUGCGGUCGGUAAAACAGCGCAGCACCCCCCGCGGCGCUCCGCCCCGCCCGACGCUCGGCUGCCAGUGCCAUCGAGCGAGACGGGCCGUGCGUACAUUCCGUGACACGUACGAUGCGCGACGUUACGCGACUGUUAUGAGACGAACGCUAUAUUCAUUACAAUCAGUGAAAUAAUGUAAAACAUUACAAAAACAAACGCGUCGAAGUCACGGCGUCGUCUACCUGUGCCUCCCAAGUGUCCGGUGCCGGCCGGCGACGCGAGCGCGACAACGCUUCCAAAAAAAAAAAAAGAAACUCGAAAUCUCGAUGUCAAUGCGCGCGAGUACUGUAUGUUGGUGUAGUGUAGUUUAAAAUAGUUAAAUGUAUAAACGGCGUGCAAUGUUCGUAUGAGGAAGAAAGGAUCGCGGAACAUUGUAAGUGUUGGUGUUUUUUGUUAGAAUGCGGGGUCACCCUGUCCCGCUCUGCUCGGAGGCUUGCUAGCGUGGGGCUUCGAUACCGAGAUGUCGGUGGGGCUGCAGCGGCGCGUGCCGGCGCUGGACGAGGCGGGCGGCGCGGCGUGGAAGGCCGCCGAGCCGCCGUUCCCCGCGUUCGCGCCGCCCGCCGGCUCGCCCGCCGCGCCCGCGUUCGCCGCGUCGCCCGCGCCCGCCUACGCCGCCGCCGGCCCCUUCGGCAGCCCCAGCGCGCGGCCCGGCUCGGGUGGCGGCUUCGCGCCCGCGCCGCCGCACUUCCCCGCCGGCUUCGCGCCGCCCGGCUCGCCCUUCCACCCGCACCACCCGCCGCUGCCGCCGCACCCGCACAUGAUGGCGCCGCUGCCGCCGCCGGUGGACAGGAGGCAUGCCCCCUACUUCGGGCAACCAGACUAUAGGGUAUAUGAACUCAACAAAAGGUUGCAGCAGAGGACAGAGGACUCUGACAACCUGUGGUGGGACGCGUUCGCGACGGAGUUCUUCGAGGACGACGCCACGCUCACGCUCACCUUCUGCCUGGAGGACGGACCCAAGCGAUAUACAAUAGGAAGGACGCUAAUACCGCGGUACUUCCGCAGUAUAUACGAGGGCGGCGUCUCAGAGUUAUACUACACGAUGAGGCAGCCCAAAGAGUCCUUUCACAAUACGAGCAUCACGCUCGACUGUGACCACUGCACUAUGGUCACGCACCACGGGAAACCUAUGUUCACAAAAGUAUGUACAGAAGGUCGCCUAAUCCUAGAAUUCACAUUCGACGACUUAAUGCGGAUCAAGUCUUGGCAUAUGGCGGUGCGCGCGCACCGGGAGCUCAUACCGCGGCAAGCGGUGCACCCGCCCGACCACGCGGCGCUCGACCAGCUGGCCAAGAACAUCACCCGACAGGGUAUCACCAACUCCACGCUCAACUAUCUGAGGUUGUGCGUGAUACUAGAACCAAUGCAGGAGCUGAUGUCGCGGCACAAGGCGUACGCGCUGUCGCCGCGCGACUGCCUCAAGACCACGCUCUUCCAGAAGUGGCAGCGCAUGGUCGCGCCCCCCGAGUCGCAGCGGCCGGCCAGCAAGCGGCGCAAGCGCAAGGGCAGCGCGGGCGCCAACGCCGCGCCGCCCGCGCCCGCCAAGAAGCGCUCCCCCGGACCUAACUUUAGCCUCGCCUCACAGGACGUGAUGGUGGUGGGCGAGCCGUCGCUGAUGGGCGGCGAGUUCGGCGACGAGGACGAGCGGCUCAUCACGCGGCUGGAGAACACGCAGUACGAGGGCGACGGCGUGGAGUGGAGCAACCCGCCGCCCGCCUCGCCCGCCAAGACGCCGCCGGGCACGCACUGACCGCGCCCGCACCCUCAUAUAGGCCUCAAGGAUUACAUUAUACGGUGUUUUUGUUA